AUGUUUUCCGACCGCGCUGGUAAAGUGGAGAUUAUUGUAUUUUUUGGGAAGUUUGCGCAAGGAGAGCACAGUGGGACCUCGUUAAAUGCUUACUGUUGUCCUGGACCACCAAAUAUUAAUCAACCGAUGGGAAAUGUUCAUGUGGGCAGUCCCGAUGCUUGGGCUUCUUGGAAUGAACCAACAAAUAACAGCAAUUUCGAUGAUUUCCAGAUGUAG